AUGUCGAAUCAAGUUCAGGUGCAAGCUGAGUACAUGCUUCAUCCCUACUGCCCAUCCAACUCGAACAUAAACAAUACCCAAGACCAUAUAUCUUUGGCCAGGAAAACCCUCGAAGACGAAACAUUGACCGAUGGCGAACGGGCCGAAGCACUCGACAUGCUUGCGAGGGCCCUUUUCGCACGCGCCCAAAGCGCCGAAGGAGUCGAUAGGAAUGACGUUGACGAAGCUCUGCGUCUACUUCGACAGGCUAUUCUCCUGCGGACGGCCUCACACCCCAAUCUCCCAAAAUCUCUAGGCUAUCUGGCCAAUGUACUGUUUUGGAGCUAUGUUAAAGGCCUGGAUGGACCAUACAACCUCGAAGAAGCUAUAUCACUAGGCAGGAAAACCGUCGAAAUGGCUUCUGCAACUCAUACGGAUCUGUCUACAUCGCUUUGCGAUCUAGCGUCGUUCCUCAGGAAGCGGUAUGACCAAGGAAGGGCAAAAGACGAUGCAAUUGAAUGCAUGCAUCUCUAUCAGAAAGUGCUUGAGAUUCCCUCUGCGCCCGACCACAGAUGGCACGAGCUGCUCAGGAACCUGGGACAUUCGGUUCUUGCUCGAUAUAAAAAUGUGAAUGACCAAAUCGACCUUGAUCAAUUGAUUUUGAUUCGUAAGGCAGUUGUCCAGCUGCUCCCUCAAUCCCACCAUACCCUUCCAGACUGCCUUUUCGAGCUUGGAUACGCAUUGGAGAUGCGAUUUCGGAAAGCGCGUGAAUGGCACGUAGAUGACCUCAACGAAAGCAUUUCUUGCUACAGGCGGUCGUUGGACCUUCAACCGAUACCUCCUGCCGACAUGGACACCCGGCUCGACAAUCUCGCAGAUUUGCUGAUAUUUCGGUUUGAGGAAACACAGGACAAGAAAGAUCUCAACGAAUUUGUGUCCCUAUACAGAAAAGCGCUUGAAAUGCGGCCUGAAUGGCAUGCUGAUCGCGCAGAGUCGUUGAAAAACCUUGGGAAGGCUCUCUAUCGCCAGUUCACGAAAGGUUGCUCCACUAUAAAUCAACUCAAUGAAUGCAUAUCUUUACAAAGGCAGUGUGUUCAGCUGCGACCUGCAAUGCACCCUGGGCGAUCUGAUAUUCUGUUCGACCUUGCUACGAGCCUGGACGUCCGAUUUGACAGGAUUAGAGAAAGAUGUGAUUUCGAGGAGGCCUUUGCUCUGUACAGGGAAUCGCUCACUCUUACAUACCCAGUGAACCCAGAGUGGGCCGACACACUCAAGAAUCUUGCUUUCACAUUGGUUUCUUGUUAUGGUGAUGAAUCGGGUGAGAAGAGCGAUAUUGAAAAAGCCGUUGCAGUGGCAACAGAAGCCCUUCGUAUCCGUGAAGAAUUUGAAUCAAUGUACGAGAUAUCCGAAUAUUUCAAUCAACUUGGGCAUGCGCUGUUGGUGCUUAUUCGGGAUACGGACGAGGGCCAUGAAAGGCUGGAGGAAUGUAUUAGUCUUCACAGACGUGCUUUGCAGCUUCGUCCUCACCCUCAUAUCGAGCGAGUUGCGUCUCUUUCUAACUUGGCAACGUCUUUGUUCGUUCGGUUCAAAAAUGGGGGCACGAUAGAUGAUUUAACAGAGUCGAUAUCUCUUUAUAGGCUCUGCCUGCGGGAUGAGGUAACUGGAUUGGUAAUGUUGUGUAACAUGUCUUAUCUCGCUGAUGCUCUGGAGGCCCGCUUCGACAUCAAUAACGUUGUUUAUCAACAUGAUAUUCACGAAGCCACUGCCCUGCGAAAGGAGGCUGACGAACUGGAGGCUCAGGUAUCGAUGAGGGAUAUAAGGAAGAAGUAUAAGGCUAGGCAGGUAGCGGCUGAAAAAAUGACACGGCAUCGUCACAAAGUCAACCAACUUCGUCGCAACAACAAUUCUCCCAAUUAUAUCUGCGAUCCUCCUCUCUUAUAG